AUGAGCAGUGAUUCUCUGUUACCGUAUUACACGGCACAGAGCAGCUCUGCCGUGGGGCUCUUCAACACCGCCAUGGGGAAGCUGCAGCGGCAGCUGUACAAGGGGGAGUACGACAUAUUCAAGUACGCACCCAUUUUUGAGAGCGACUUCAUCCAGAUCACCAAACGGGGAGAGGUGAUUGAUGUGCACAACCGCGUCCGGAUGGUGACGGUGGGCAUUGCCUGCACCAGCCCCAUCCUCGCCUUGCCUGAUGUCAUGCUGCUGGCCCGGCCAGCCACUGGCUGUGAGGAGGAUGGCGGCCGGGCCCCCAGGGGAAGAGGCCGCAAGGCUGCCAAGACCUUAGAGCUCACCCGGCUCCUGCCCUUGAAGUUUGUCAAGAUCUCCGUCCACGACCGUGAGAAGCAGCAGCUGCGCCUGAAGUUUGCCACGGGCCGCUCUUGCUACCUGCAGCUGUGUCCCCCUCUGGAUGCCCGCGAAGACCUCUUCGCCUACUGGGAGAAGCUCGUUUACCUCCUGCGGCCCCCCGUGGACGGUAACAACAGCACCUACGCCAUUCCAGCUGGUGACAUGAUCUGCAUGCCUGUGUUUGAGGACCGGCAGGACAGGCCGAGCCCGGGACCAGUGGAUGUCGGUGGGAAGGGGGAUCAGGACCAGGUGAGCAUCAGGAGCCUCCACGUGUUCUCGGAGGUGUCUGGCGUCACCUCCGCUGCUUUUGCUGGUGGGGAGGGGAUCCAAAACGCCACCCACAAACCUACCCCGAACACAAAACCCGCAGAGCCUGCCACGAGGGCGGCAGUAAGGACGGUAACGAGCCCCACAGCAGGCACUGUGAGCGUGGCGGCCACCAAGGCUGCAGGACAGCAGCAGACGCACACAGCGAUAGCAGGAGCAGCCUCCAAGGACGCCAGAGGGAGCCGAAGCAGCCUCGCCAUUGCAGGCGCUGCCAACGUGUCCUCGCAGAGCAUCGAGGGGGCUGUGGCAGCGGCUGCAAGCAGGUCCUCAGAGCUCACCAGCCUCUCUCCGGAAGCCAGCACGAACGUGGCGAUUGCAGGAGCAGAGUCUGCGGGUGAGACUGGUGUAGAACCAGCUGACGAUCCAGCCGCAGAGCCUCUGGUCUCAGCCUUGCCCAGCGGAGGCAUCAUGAGUGGGGAGGAUGGAAACCAGCGAGGCCCCCAGCCCAACAUUGCAGCCCGCAGGGAGCGAAGGGCAAGGCGGGAGCGAAGGGAAAAGGGCACAGCGCUCAGUCGGAGGAGCUCCCGACACCGCGGGACGGGCAAGAGUCGCCACAAGACAGAAGGUGACAGGAUGAGCGGGAAGUCUUCUGGCCGGUCCAUAGGCAGCCGCAGAGCCACUAGAGAUGACCAAAAGGACAGAGGCCGUGGCAGCCCCGGGGGCAGCAGACACUCCUCGGCUCACAAAGGCGUCAGCCACACACCCAUCGCAAAGGAGUCCGGGAGGAGCCUCUCUGCCAGGAGUUCACGUUCAACGACCAAGAGCCUCAGCAGGAUCAGCUCUUUCCUGAGGAACGUCAGAGCCAGCCUGACCACGAGAACAGGGGCCUCACCUCGGGACAGAGGGGUGGACAUUCUGUCUCAGACGGUGGAGAAGAGGAACGUGGAGGCCAUCAUGGAGACAGCAGAGGGUGAGCAGGGACUGGAGAUCACGAGUACUGUGACGUCUGAGAUCAUGGAGACAGUGACCUUUGAAACCCACUAA